AUGGCCAACAACGCCGCAUUCGGUCAAUACCUUCGUGUUAUGAAGCGUAAAGUAAACCGCUUAUCAGAUGAGCUCGGUGCACAAUCUGCUUUCGUCUGUUACAGAAAGGAUGGUUCCAGUGUCACUUUUGGUAGCUCAAGUUUCGAUCAAAUAGUUGCCAGAUUUCUUAACGUUCAACAUGGUUCCAAUGUCACUUUUGGUAGCUCAAGUUUCGAUCAAAUAGUUGCCAGAUUUCUUAACGUUCAACAGGAAGCUCCCAUCGUUGCUCUCCACAAAGCGGUGUCUCUGGUCCAGAUUGAGCAACUGAACCAAGUGGAGAUUACCGCUCUAAUCAACCGCCUGGGUCAAAUCAUCGAUAACAUCCUUGCAAGGAUUGAUCCUUAG